CUGAAACUCUCCAGACUAAUCGUCUCCACCGCCGGCCACCACGCUAUCUGAAAAUCAUAGCCGCGAGAGGUCUCCACUAUAAGAAUCCAAUGGCUCGGCCGCCAUACGAAUUCGACCCCUAUUACCUUCAACCUGACCAAGACCGUAACUUGAUCAACACACUCUUCAUUUCGGGGCUCCCGGACGACGUCAAGGCUCGUGAGAUUCACAACCUAUUUCGACGACGCGCUGGCUUCGAUUAUUGUCAACUCAAAUACACUGGCCGUGGCAACCAGGUUGUUGCAUUUGCUACCUUUCUAAAUCAUCAAUCUGCAAUUGCUGCAAUGCACGCAUUAAAUGGUGUGAAGUUUGAUCCCCAAGCGGGAUCUGUUUUGCAUAUUGAAAUAGCCAGAUCAAACUCAAGGAGAAAACGUAAACCAGGUAGUGGUCCAUAUGUUGUUAUUGAUAAUAGAACCAAGGCCUCAGCUAAUAAUAAUACCCAGGAAACAUCAAGUGAUGAUGGAGACGGUGACUCUGAAGGACCAUCUGGGGCUGACAAUGUUGAUUCUUCAAACAAUGAUGAAUUGCAAACUGUAAAGAGUGAUACGGUACUGGAUCCAGAACGCACUGUACCAGUUGCAAAUGAGCAGUUGGAAAGGACUGUCAAUGAAGGGGCUCAACCAUGCUCCACUUUGUUCAUAGCAAAUCUAGGUCCAAAUUGCUCUGAAUAUGAACUGAAGGAAGUUAUAUCUAAGUAUCCUGGAUUCAAUAUGCUCAAGAUUCGGGCUAAAGGAGGAAUGCCAGUUGCAUUUGCUGAUUUUGAGCAAAUAGAACAAGCCACUAAAGUGCUAACAGAUCUCCAGAGCAGCCUGUUGCCUUCAUCAGACCGAGGCGGCAUGCACAUAGAAUAUGCAAGGUCCAAGAUGAGGAAGCACUAGGAAAAUGGGAAUGGAGCUGGCGGACUUGCACAAAAUGGUUCAGAAGGGCACUAUCCCAGUUGUAUUAUAAAAGCAAAGCAGUCUCGUGACGCCAUUUGAAGGGUGACUUAACUUUCCUACAUUGUAAAGGCUAACUUAUUACUACCCUCAUUUCUGAUAUCAUCAAAUUAAACCUUAUUCUCAUAAAUCAUUUUGUUGCGAACCCUGGAAAAAUGGGAAAAGGCAAUUUCAGUGCAUUCAUGAAAUGGAUACAAACUUAUUCACC